UGGCAACUCUCCUGCCACUUUUCAAUUCAAUUUCAAUAUGCAAUUACUCAUGAACAGCAGAUUAUUAAUCGCAUUUAAAACAAUUAUUAACUUAUUUUAUGAUUAAUGUACCAAACAGUAUGAAUUAUCCCUCAACCCUUACCAAAAAAACCUCUUUACUUUAUUCCUAACCUCUCCCAAAGCCUAACGAUGUUCAAAUUGGAAAAUUACAUUACCCCCUUACUAUUAAGCUACGUGGAUAAAUACAUAAAGAAUUUCCGGCCCGAGGACUCGCAGGUGUCGCUGUGGGGUGGAGAUGCUUCGUUUCACAAUUUGGAUUUACGCUUGGAAGUACUCGAAGAAGAGCUACAUUUACCGUUUAGUUUCGUGUCGGGUCACAUUCAUGAGUUAUUAAUACACGUUCCGUGGACGAAGUUGGCUUCGGAACCGAUCACCAUCACUAUUAACACUAUCGAAUGUAUUUUAAAAGUUCGAAGUCCGGAUGAUGGUGAGGCAGAGGGUGCACAUCGGGGCCGCACGAAGAGAGCAAUUCACAGCCGACACGAAGUGGAAGCUCCCCCCGGCUACAUGCAAUCGCUGUUAAAUAAAAUAGUUAGCAAUAUCAAAAUAUUUUGUAAUAAUCUCAUCUUGAAGUACGUGGAAGAGGAUAUUGUCGUGUCUAUGAAUGUUAAGCUGUUAACAUUCGAAUCUGCUAACGAAAAGUGGGAACCGUCUUAUAUAGAUGUCUCGUCGGGGCAAGUGAUGCUACGAAAGUUGAUCAGCGUGGUCGACCUAACAAUCUGUUUGGACAAGCGUAAUGCGGCGGGAAAAAUCGACGUAUACCAGGAGCCGGUGCUGUACCGAUGCUCCUUAGUAAUGCACAUGUUACGUCAGUACCACACGGCGAGCGUGAAGCACUCGUCGAUCACUAGGCUCGAUAUUUACUGCGGCAGCAUGGAGUUUAGUAUGACGCAGCAACAAGUCCCUAUGCUAAUGCGUAUCGCCAUGCUGAUGUACGCGCUGCAGCAAAGGCAGUUGGAGCCGGUAAUUAGUACGGAUACCAGACAUAACUCGGCGCAGUUAGAUGCUUCGGAACUACCCGAAGUAGCAGAAUCAUGGGCCGGAUGGGCGUGGUCGUUUGUACCCUCGCUCCUGCCUGUUUCGUGGGACGAUGAUUGGAAUCAGGAUGACGAAACGACACUAUUAGGUCACACGGUCCACAUUGGAUUCUACAUCGACUACGCGUCUCUCACUUUCAAAGUUUCAGAAUCGACGAACGAUCGCAGCGGUUACUAUUCACAACGUAAAAUUAAGUACUUACCCCUUCUUACUCUACGUCUGCAAGGGGUUUUUGUGGAAUUUGUAUCGCACGGCGUAAAAUGGUUUAAUUGUCGCAUGGGGGUGAGUCAGAUUGUUUUGUUGCCCGUCGACCAGUGCUGCUGCGGUUACAAUGAAGUGGUAGAAGGGACGGUGCCGACGGAAUACUGUAAAGUGGGUGUAAUUUCUAUGGCGCAUAAGACGGAUUCGUUGUUCGAUCCCGAAGCCGUUGAGAAUACGGGACAUAGCCGGGUUUACAAUACAUCGUGGGACUUUCACGUGUCGACGAUAACUGAAACUUCACUACUCGAGUGUAGUCCCGCGAUGGCCCUCGAUUAUUUGUAUCAACUGGAGGUACCCGACGACGUAUCCGCCGAGAGAUUGUCGGAAUUAGGUAGCGAUUUGGAGUACAGUAACUUAUUUGAGCAGUCACUAAUACGGAUCGUGGUUGGGCCAAUACGAUUGCGGGUUUGUUCGGGUUUUUUUCACCGCUUUGGUAGUCUCAGAGUGGCCGCUUCGGCGUAUGACUAUCAACCGUACAGCGUGCCCAAACCAGAGCCAACAUUCGCCGAGUUACCACCGCCUUGCGCAGAAGACUUUGACGCGCUGUCUGACAACAUUCCAUCCAAAACGGUUCAGUUUACAAUUUUAGCGCCUACCAUCGAAUUUCUAAUUAUGGAUCAUCCGUACUUCGAACCUACUCCGAAAAACCUAUACGCGAAACGGCGGAAAGCGUCAGCAAGUGCCUUUUACAAUGCCAACCCCCAAUUUGACUUCCUGCCGCGAGUUACGCUCGAAUGCCAAUGUAUCGACGCGCGAAUCAGUUACCCGAUGUACUUUCGCCGCUUGCUCCAGACGGUGUGUCAACUUCCGAACCCGCCGCAGAACAUGUUCGAGGCCUGUCACGUUGUCAGAAAUGUGAAGAUUAUGGGCCUAUGUAGCCGGCUAAUAACGGGCGUGAGCAAGCAGACGAUAAUCUUGUCACGUUGUAGCGCCUCGUACAAUCGCAAAAGCAUAAUUAAACCCGACUACUGGCUCAAUCCCGACAUACCUCACGAAGAGACGACUGUAGAAACAGAAUCGAUUACUGUAACGUCGACCAAGCCCAAGUUAAUGUUGGUUACGUACAUCGUCGAUCGGUUACUGCAACUUGACGGGCAGGAGACUGUCGGUUUUCUUACGCACACCAGCGUUUUGAAUGACGCUUCGCGUAACUGGGGCCUUGCAUAUUUAGAGGUCUCCCUCGAAGAGAUUCGUUGCAAGCAUGUGAGGACGAAUUCGACGGUUUCGAUCGAUGCCAGCUUAGGUUCGAUUAAGUCGUUCGUUUACGAGCCUAUGGAAACAACCGACGAUUCGGGUUCGAGCAGUACUGCCGUGCCAAAGCAUUUGUAUUCGGCGAGAGAUAUUCAGCAGGUGCUGUUCAUGUCGGGUCCAGAACUCCGCAAGGAAUCUGACUUGUCCACGACCUUACCACUACUAACAGCCACAAUACAGUACCCCCUAAAUCCAAACUGCCAACCGCACCCUUCAAUUAUCUCAUUUCACAUACAAGAGAUACGAAUAUGCGUGGAUCCGCUCUUAUGUCGGUGGUUUAUGUACACAACACAAUACGACUAUUACGAUCCUCCACAAAAAAGGACUUACAGUAUGUCGGAGACGAGCGGCAGCGUUUUGGAGACUCCGCGCAGAGUUGGUACCCCACACGAAUCUGUGCACAGCAGUUCCGAUAAGGAGCACUUAUUUUUAUCGACGUCCAACUUAAAGUUACGGAAAGGGCCUACUGUCGAUCUUCAAGAGAAGCUUUACACGUUCUUAUCCGAUUGGGUGAGCGUUUGGAAAAGCGUAAUGCUGAACGGUGAAAUAUGCCAUUGCGUGAUUUACUUCCCAACAGAAUCUCUUUCGCCCGUCGGAGCUCAAGGUAUAGAGGAAACGAUUGCGCAGACUCUGAAAAGGCAAAAGCCACCCGACAUGCUUGUCGUGACACUUCCCUUUGUCACGAUCACCAGCGCCUCGCAACGCCACGGUCUCGGCAGUUACAUGACCAGUUUACCGGUCAAACUUCCCCCCAUGAUUUGGACCAAUGACAAAUCUAAUUUACCGUGGAACAUUUCGUUGACCGAAAUGAGCUGUUACACCCACCAAAACGGGAGGAAAUUAAAUUUUUUAAAACCGUUUUCAUUAAGCGCAACUGUUGGCAUAUCCACAAAAACGAAGACUAGUGCACCCGAAAACCUAACCGCCCACCCGACUGUGAGUGAUGCGUUGGGAAUUUGCAUUCAUAUAGAUACCUCUCAUAUCACUUUAUCACUGUCGGAAGUUCAGAUAUGUUUGAUCGCCAGCAUAUUGUGCGGAUUGGCAGAGGUGAUAAUGACCUUGAUACCGGUUAGCGAGUACACCAUAAAGACACCAGAUACCGCUCAAAGUGUCGUGGGAUUGAGUUCGACUUCGCCUCCUCUACUGAAAGAAAGCACCUUAGAAUCGACGAGCGAAAGGACGCCGCCCAUAUCUUCCCUGAGCGAAAGCUUGGAUAACGAGAAUGUGAAGUUGACGAUCUGGAUUCAAUGGACCGUCACACGUUUCACCACGAAACUCCUCUCGCACGAUCUGAAGAACUUUUCGGCGUCCGAUUUAACGUAUCUAAUGCGGCCGAAUUUGAAGCUGGUGCUCGACGCCGAAGAUAUAGUGAGCUCUUUGGAUUUUCAAAGCGUCUAUUUGAAAAUUAAAAGCAAAAUUGCCACUUUUAACAUUAUGCAUUAUAGCAGAAAAAUUGGAGCGAAGACCUGGAGUUCCGGAAAGUUCCUCGGAAUACUAAUGAAAUCGAAAGACACCGAAGUCACGGGCGAACGGCAAGAAGACGUCGGUUUCGCCACCGUUACCAUUACGCGCGCAAGCUGUCAACACACGCACGCCCUAUGGGGAACGUUUCCAAAGCAGAAAACCAAAGAGAGAAAGAGCGUUAACGAAAAUCAUUUCAAUUUCCAACCGAUGUCCCGUUACAUUACAGAAAUCGUUCUAACAAUCCAACCGAUUGAUUUUAUUUUGCCCUUAUCAAUCUUGCGUUGUUUCUAUAUGACCUUUGAACCUUUGUUGAAUUUACCGCCGGCGAGUGAGGAGGCGAAGGAUUCCCACCCGGCGUUUGUAAUUAGUAAUCAAAAUCUACCGUUAAUUUACGUCGAGUGCCGCGGUUUGCGGUUAAUUAUCCCCUCGCAAGAAUUGGGCAGCACCGGGACAGAGCACGACACUUGCAUGUUGCAAGUUGAAGCAAUCAAUUUAGCGCCGAGCGCCGUCAAUCCCAUUUGCCGUUCCCCGUGUCGGCCUGAUAUUUACCAGCUGGCGGCGCAGUCUCGCAUUUUAAACAUUCCAGGUAGCGAAGUUGAGGACAGGCAAUACGAGCUGAAUGUAAAAGAUAUAUGUUUAAUUACCGGCAUGUGGGACGAUCUAAAUCAAAUUCUGGAUUUGCAAGCGACAAACCUGUCGAGGCUUAGAACGAUGAAUGAGAAUCCAGCUUUAGAGUGGAACAACCUGGGCAAAAAUUGCCUCACGAUUAACUCGCAGAUGGUUAACAUAUGGACGGCUGUUAAUAAGUUCGACGUUUUGGUCAUUGUGGCACCGGCGAUGGUUUACAAGACAACGACGCUGAUUUGUGGCCAUUCGAUUGAGAUCAACCUGGAAUCCGAUGUCGAUAUAAACUUAUCACUGGCGCAAAUUAAGUUGGCGUCAGCUUUAAUCGCGGAAUUCUUGUACGUUAUUCGCCCACUGUUUUCGGACGAGGUUGUUAAAAGACCCGUAGUGAAAUUUCCUUAUCCCAAAUUUCAUCCGGCAGUCUUCGACUCCGUGCAGGAGGAGGACAUCGAUAGUACCGGGGUAACGUUGGAUUCUGGAAUCGAAACGUCCGAGCUUCAAAGUAUGUUUUCGAUUAAGUCAAAGGAUAUUACUUUGGAAAGUUCGGUUACGGACGUCAAGCACCUGUUAAAAAAUCAGGCCAGCGAUAAGGUCGUUUUCAGUCGGCCGCCUAAUCUUUUACCACCUCCGCUUCACAACGUUCCCAUGGACGUUUUAAUUACAGGAGGGAAAAUUCGCGUCUCGUUGUACGAAACGCAUAAGGGUUCCGGGAAGAAAUCCUCACUGAAACAGAAGGAUAGAAGACAUAAACUCAAAACGAACGACUACGACAAAGGUUACGACGCCUCAGAGGAGGGUAGCAUAGAUGAAAAAACCUACAGAUCUGAGAAUAACCAAUAUCAUCCGCUUUUAUUUCUGUGCAUCUCCCAGCCCAAUCUCUUCAUGUCUCGCUAUUAUCUGGGACGAAAAUUGCACCUUUCAUGUUUCGACAUAUCGGUAAAAAUCUCCGGUCCCGAAUACGUGCCGUGCACUUCGACACCGACCGAAGAUGACUACCCGAUCAACCUACUGGAGACGCUUUCGGGCAUGCCCAAUCCGGGCACGGGGAUUCGACCCGCCUUUUUCACGUUGAAAUGGUCGCGAGGACUAGGCCAGCCGACGACCGUCGACGUUAACUUUGCCAGACCGACGCAGAUCCUUUGCUCAGUGACCCGUUGGAACCACUUGCUCGUAAUCAAGGACAAAGUCCUCUACAACUACUACACCUUUUUUAAAUAUACACCGUCGACCACGUGCAAAAAAAACGAUGCCAUUCAAACGGCACAAAAAGGCACAGAAACGUAUACGAAGUUUAAGGAAAUCAAGAGCAUGCUCUUUGACGUCGCCUGCCUAAAUGUCCAGCUAUCGCAACUGGUCUUAGUUGGCAAAACUGAGAACGUCCCCGAGGUGACUUUAAGCAUUAGCAGAUUGAAGAACAAUUUUACUAUAACCAACCGGCCGGAGCGUCUAAUCAACGUCAUUUCCUUCGAGGGUUUGACGCUAGGGGUGGUAAUGGAAGGGGUCACACGACUGCUGCUCAAUCCGUGGAGCUUCGCAAUCGAAUUGACACUAUCGUGGGAAUCCUGGCAGCCGGUCGACGGAGAUCCGCAAAUUCAGAUCUCGGUGGAAAGCGACUGCAUUAUGCUUGACGUCAGUCCGCAGCAGCUCAAGUGCGUCCAGGCGGUUACGAAGGAUCUGGCGGAGUUCUUCUCGAGCUUGUCGUACAGGGAGUCUGACUCGAGCGAGAGGAGUGGCAGUUCGAGGGGCGCGAGUGUCGAAAAGGAGCAGUAUUACAAGGACGAUCUCCGCGCGGGCGCCUUUCAGUUCGUCGACUCGGCAACGGGAAACAGCGACGAGCUUCCGCUGCCCUAUCAGGUCAUGUUUUGGAAGAAGCGAAUUUUGGCAAUGGCCUGGCGAUAUCCGCAGCCGAGGGCGUUGACGAAAGUUCGCGUGUUUCCGGUUCCUUACAAGAACACGGUUGAGGACUCCAAUUACCAAAUUUUGUGCCAGUUGGAGUAUUGGUCGGACUGUCACAGUUGUUACCGCCCCUAUCUCCAGUUUUACCUCUCCGAGAAUGAGUCCAACAAUUUAACUUUACCGGAUAAUAGCUUGCAGUACGUGGCCAGCAUUUGGAGGGUCGUGCUGAGCAUGCAAAAGGAUUCGUUGCAAACUUUCGACGGCUCCAAACUUUUAAUAUCGCCUCGUGUGCUUGCCGCCUGCAUGCGAAUUGACUCGUACUUUAACAAAAAUUUAGUUCCAGAUUUAUCGCUGGUUGUCGACAUUUCGACCGUGCAUAUUUCCUUGUACACGAAUUUUAACAAAGGUAUUCCUCUCGUAAUGCCCCGAGCUUUGAAACAGUACACUUGCGACCUGCUGUUUCCGAAAGAUAUCUGUUUUGCCUCCCUGACGUUUGAGGGAACGAAAGCCUACUUGGCCACCUGGAAUUUUCAUUCGGCGGUUUUCGACAUAACGACUUCCAUUAAGAGCUCCGUCUUGGAUUAUUACUCAUUAACGCAGCAGGCGUUUGUGCAACCGUUUGCCUUAAAAUUGGAGGCUAACGUUUCUAAGGCUACCAAUGUAAAUUUCAUUUGUAAACCAAUCUGCGUUAAAUUUGGACCGUCGAUAGCGCACACUCUAGCAGUCAGCGGCCAGAUGUGGGAGCAAAGUUGGGCGCAGAAAGUGGAGGGGAACGACACGCAGGAGCUGAUCGUAAUGACGCGAUAUGUUGUUUGUAACAACACAAAUGUCAAUGUAAGAUUCGGACAGGCCUCUACCGACGAAGAUAUUUUGUUGUUGCCUCACUACUGCCACCUGUACUGCUGGAGAUCGCAAAAGACUAAGCAAAUGAUUCGGGUAGGUUUAGAGGAGAACGGAUGGCUUUGGUCGCGUGCUUUACAAAUUGACAAAGAAGGCACGGAAGCCUACCAACUGGUUAACGAUGGACGCGUCGUUCUAGUCGUGACGGUAAGCAAUCUCUCCGCAACUCAAAAGCAAAUUUUGCUUUCGGGUCAGUUGACUAUCUGUAACAUGCUAUUGGAGCACUUUGAGCUGAAGGUCGUGCUGGCCGUUGACAAAGACAAAGAGCGCGAAUUUAAAAACACCCCCAGUCAUAUAAUCCCGGGAAAAUCGACCCCGCCCACUUUACUAAUCGACAACAGCAACAGUAACAGCUACCACUUAAGGCUGCGGUUUUUCGGUUUAGAAUCGGCCUGGUCCGGUGACAUUCCCCUAAAGGAGAAUUCUAAAUGCGCCCAACCGUGGUUAGUCAAAGUUCCCCUACAAGAGCGCGGCCAGUUUCUCAGCAUCUGGUGUCGAAUCGUCACCCAGCCGCUCGCCUUCGGCAAGCAAGUCCUCGUGAUUCUCUGGCCGUUGUUCAUGAUCCGAUCGAAUUUGCCCGUCGUCUCGAAGAUGCACAUCGAAACGCCGACCUUGGGCGUUAACUUGGAGGCGACGAUACGAGGCCGAGGCGAAUGUCAGCAGCUGUACUGUCCGGGAACCAUCGACCAUUCCCAUCAGCUGUCAUUUCAGUUCGACGGCGGAACGCCUACGUCAAAUCCGUACGUGCCGUUAAAUUACAGCCUGGUCGAUCAGAAAGAUUUCUUCAGGCGGCCCGAGAAUGAAGACAUAAACGAGACCCUUAAAGCGCUGACUCUCUUCGACGAUACAGACUGGCCUUAUUUGGGAGACAGUAUGGAGGAGGUCGACUGGAUAGCUGAUAAUCAACCGUUAACUUAUGUUCAGGUAAGGUACAAGAACGCAUCGGACUAUUCAAGCGCGCUUGCGGUUGAGUUGUUACCGUGGAGUUUGAUGGUAAACACUCUCGGUUGUCCUAUCGCUAUUAUAAUUAACGAGAAGGAACUAUGUCGCGUGUGCCACUAUGGAAUUGUUACGCCGCCGAAACUCGACGAAACUUUCCAUUUGGGCAUUGGUAUUAACAAUAUCUGGAACAUUUCAUCACCACUCCAACUGGCAACGUCAGAAUGGGGAACCUCGUUUUAUAUGCCUAAGAUUACCGGCACUGUUCCCCUUGAAGGGGACAUUAAUACCAUCAUUAUGUGCGGGAAACAUAUUUGUGUCGCUACAAUCUCCAGUAGCUUUGUGAACGAAAUACGUUUACUGAAGAUAAGUUCUAGUCACGUUUUGGUUAAUAACAUGUCGCAACAGGUCCACAUUUUGUGCUUGGCGAUCGAGGAAUCUGGGGAGAAGGUUUCUAUCGGUGAAAGCUUUGAGAAAUUCUCCUUCACAUUAGCUCCUAAUUUAGAUAAAAGUAACACGGGCAUUCCCAUCGUGCAGUGGUACGUCAUCGGAAAGUACGACACGAAUGCAAACUUUGCGCUGUACAUCUCGGUUUCGGUGAGUACUAAGUGCGGCUGGUCCUGCCCGGUUAGAGUGGACAAGGGAUUAGUACGUCGCAGCAUUUCGGUUCAAACCGAAAACCAAAGCAUUCCAAUCGUAAUUACCUCUCAAGAACACAGAGGGCAGAUCUACCUGUCUCUUUAUAACGAUCUAUAUCCGCAAAUGCUAAUCGAAAAUCGAAGCGGCGCAACGUUGUACUUUGCCCAAUCGACUCGCAAUCUGACCGUUCCCGAUUCGGAACACUUCAAAUGGGCGUGCACAAUCGAAGACUACCGAGCUUGCUAUUACACCAUGCCGAAUUACACGGAGAAAUUUCCCGAUAUCGUUCAGGAGAAAUCGGCCGAGCAGCUGAUUAUCGCCUGCGAACCCCUGAUGAACUCGGAGGAGUACAGUUGGUCGUAUCCCAUCAACUUGUAUCAGUCCAAAGAUCAACUCGUUUAUGUUCCGUUCCAUGGCGACGUUAAGAUUACGAUAAUCAAAUCGAUUCACACCACCUUUGUUAUUGUCGAUUCGGCGAUGCAGGUCGAGAUUAGUGCCAAAGAUAUACGGGUGCGAUUAUUCAUGCAAGAGAGCGAGACUAAUCUGCAAGAUGAAGGAUUCCUUCCGAUUAGUUACGCUCAUUCGUCUCAUAAUAUCAGUAGUGCUAGUGCUACAUCGCUGCAAAGCUCCCCUACCGACGAUGAGCAGCUCACAGAAUUGCCGAACAUGCAAAUAGUAGAAGCGCAACUUGCUCCAUCCUCAAGUCUGUCUACAAAAUCAAGCACCUACGGAUUUAAAUCCCUACCGCCUGCCCAGAACAAGCCAGAUAAAGCGAUUGCAAUCAGGCCAUACAGCGCGGAAUCAUCAACCAAUAUGGCCACCUCGCUAAUUACAAGUACGGUACCAAUAAACACCCAAUGCGAGGUAUUCAAAGUGAGCGCGUUAGUAAAGCGAUUUACGCUGACGUUUUUAUCGGACUUGAGCAGCAUUUGCGCGGAAAUGAACGAGAUCGCCAACCUGACUUUGGACGAUCUCGCCGUUGUGGCCAAACAAAAUCAGUAUAUGGACGUCAAUUUUAGUAUUGCCACCGUACAGUUCGAUAACCAAAUGUACAGUAAGGGCAAUUUCGAUUUUCCCGUCGUACUAAUUGGGCAGGACGCGAAACCGAAUCAGCAGUUAGGCUCCUUUAACACUCCCAUACUGCAGUGGAUUAACGCCGCGCAGUCCGAUCCUUUGGUGAAGGUUGAACUCAGAAUAGAAACGUGGAGGGACAUGGCGAAGUCGUGUAAUGUUUCAAAACUGCGAGACAUAACAAUAAAUAUUCGACCGCUGUUAGUCUACGUGGAGGACAACUACAUGAUGGCUUUAAUGGAGUACCUCUCCGUGUUCUCGCCCGCCAAUUUAGUUCUAAGACCGAAACACAGAGCAAAAACUUGCUCCCUCUUCAACUCGUCGUCGAUUUUCGUCCCGUACUGCAUUACAUUAGACUCGAAAGCGUUAGCGCAACCGUUGUCGCUUUGCACUUUAACAAUUGAACCGAUAACAGUAUUACUAUCCGUACAUUGGUCGAUGAAGCUAUACAUCGCACUGGAUCAAUCUCCGUUGCAGUUCAAUCGAUUUGAACGUAGGAAUUUAAUAUCAACCUCGUAUAGGUUGGGCCAUGCCUUGACGAUGCACUACAUAUCUGGAGCAAUUUUUGGAGCCGGCUGGGUGGUCGGUUCUCUCGAACUGUUGGGCAGCCCGGGGGGUCUGGCGCGGGCGAUGGGAAGUGGCUUACGUGACUUUGUCAGUCUGCCUUACGAAGGUCUGAUACAAGGUCCGUGGGCUUUUCUGCAAGGGGUCACGUACGGAUCUGCCUCGCUAAUGAAGCAUAUAACCGCGGGUACGUUGCAGUCGGUUACGAAGUUGGCAUCGAGCGUCGCGCGGAAUUUGGACAGGUUAACUCUUGACGAGGAGCACUUGAGAAGAACAGAGGAACAGAGGCGCCAUCGACCGUCGGGUAUAACCGAAGGAUUUGUGCAAGGUUUAACCGGUCUCGGGAUAAGUCUAUUAGGCGCAGUGGGCGGAAUCGCUCACCAUCCUUUGCAGUCCGUAAUGGAGGAGGGCGUGUCGCCACGCAGUUUGGUGACUGGAGUCGGGUUGGGACUAAUGGGCGUGUUUACGAAACCGCUAAGCGGGGCCGCCGAUUUAGUUGCGCUCACCGGGCAAGGACUUUUACAUGGCGCCGGGUGGUGUCUUGCGCCAACUGCGCGAUCGCAACCGGUUCUUCACCACAUUUACUCAAAUCCGAACUCGUUAGUGAAGUACACGUGGAAAUUUACUGAACCGUUAACUCAAACCAACUCAUUGUUUGUAACGGAUGCUACAUGGAUCACGAGCGACCGACAAUACGAAGCUGUAACUUUGAUUCUCACAACCGAAGCCUUAGUGAUUGUCAAUUCAGACGAGGACGUCUCCCACCGCAUCAUCGCGCUAUCCGAAUUGAACGCAAUCGACGACACCUCGGACCCGACCUUACUAAACUUGCGACUGACACCGACAGUUACAAUUCCGAAGGCGCGCGAUGAAUGUAGCAUAGAAAUGGAUCCCGUGUCCCGAGCAAGGGUCGCCGACUACGUCAAGAGUACCGUGGGCUUGCUGACCUUCCCGGACGACACCAGUCCCGAGCAUUCGGCGAUGGGCGUGUCGCCUUGUCCCUCUCCCCCUUCCGUUGCGAACUCGCAGCGAGAGGAGUCCACCCUAUCCUUUUACGUGAAUCCGCAAAAUCGCAAUUACUUCUUAACCAUCUUAUCGUUGGUGAAACAUCAAAUGCAGAAUUACGUGUUUCCGAUUCUCUAACGACUUUUUUUUUUGUUAAAUUGCCGACCAAAUAUUUAAAAAUAUAUGUACAUGAUAUUUUAAUUUUAUUUGUGUAAAUAUUACAAUUUGUUGUGUUAAUUACAAAGUGUAUUUUUACAUGUUGAUGUUAAUUAUUGCAGAAAGUGACAGCGUUUCGGGAUUUGUUUACAAAAUGUUGCCCGUUUUCGAUCUGCAGGGAAGUUGCAAAUAAUUCCAGCGAGUGAAUUUGCAGUCAUCGGCCUUGGCGUCGUUGUGAAGAACCUGCAUGGCGUAUUUCCCUUGCUGAAAAAACGUGCGCACUGUGACAUUGUAGCUUAAGGGGGUUGCAUUUUUUAAAAUUCCAGUUAAAAUGAGCAAGUGUUUUUGGUAUACCUACUAACAAUUUUAAAGCAUGAGUUGUAGGAGUUUAGUGUCAAUAUUUGGGACGUAAAGUAAUAAAUAUCAUUUCAACUAGGUACGUGACUAAAAUGACGUCACUGGGAAAAGACCCAAUAGAUUUCACCGAAAAUAUUAAACAAAAAAGCAAGGGUGCACAUUUAAGCGAGAAUUAUGAGUAUGUGUACAUGCUGAAAUGGGUGGAGAGUGCCAUUUAUGGGCGUCAGUUUACUAGAAAAAUUAAUCCGAAAACGAGGCACUCUCAUGGGUGUCAAGGCUAGACCAACGACGCAACCUAGUCCAAAAUCCAGGCUUAGCUGUGAAUUUGAGUUGUACUUGUUACCCCGACAGCUAAAGUGUUUGGUUAAUGUGGUAAAAGUCGUGUUGGAGACUAGAGUCGGAGCGGAGCGGUCCAAUGCGGUUUUGAGAGCCUUAUUAGCACUCAAGAGUUACGGGCAUGUAUUACACUCUUCAGUUCAUCUGAAAUACAAUAACCAAAGGCUAGAAGUGAAUUCCUACAGUUAUAUAUUAUAACAGAAGGCCAACACCAAUUAAUUUCCGCAUAGGUUAUUCUUAUUUGAGCUUAUAAAAGAAAUAAUGUGACCAUUGCACCGUAUAAGUUCAAACAUGGAGAAGAUUGCCACCAGAAAACACCGCCUUCGUCUGGAAGAUCAGGGUUAAGCGAUAUCUGUUGUCGUCUCCUUUCCACAAACCCCAAAGUCGUUUGGAAGGAUUCCAGUUACCAAAGCAGAACAGGGAUUGUCUCUGGCAGUACCUACCUAAUCGCCAGCUAUCCAGAAUGACAACACUGCUCCAAUACCGAUGGGAAGAUCCAAUAUCCUUCAAAUCAACACAGAGCAACUACGUAGUCGGAGAAGGCUAUGUCGCUUGUCAACCCCGAGACCGCAACAUUCAUUUAGGUACACCACAUCGAAUUCGACACCAUCAUCUACAGAGUCAUUACGUUACGGCCGUCGACCAGAAAUACAUGGAAGUGCGAGGUCGAGACGUUGGAAAUCUGGAAAAUACCAGAAACUAACUUCGCAUGUGUCAAAGGGGACUGCACCAGGAAUGGCACCUUGCAAGAGACAAUGCAACAACGGUGAAAACCAACGAUUUCCGAAACGGACGUGGUUUCCUUACUGCAUCCGUCGCUGUAGUCCUCGACAGAGAAGAUGGGGAUUACCCUGAAACAAUAAAUACAUUAUAAAUUGUAAUUUUGCUUCGUCUUUAAUAAAUUUACUCACCGUCA